AUGUCCGCCAUUACUGCCAAUUUCUUACAUACUUUCUCAUCAAGACGUACAAUCUAUAAACUUAAACCAGAAUUACCAGCAGGUAUUUCGAUUUACGAUGUUCAAGCCACUAUACAAACCAUAAUAAAGGAAUCUCCGACCGCGUUAAAUUCUCAAUGUAACCGUGCCAUAAUUUUAACUGGCGACUCUCACAAGAAAGUUUGGGAUCAUGUCACUAAGUCUAUGCCUAAUGAUAAUGCCAAGUUAAGACCACAAUCUGUUAGAGAUGAAGCGUAUGGAUCUGUAAUCUUCUUUACCGAUGACGUUGUCACUGAAAAAUUACAAGCUGAAAUGCCACAAAUUGCUGAGGUAUUUCCAGUUUGUGCAUCACAUGCUACUGGUGGUGCCCAAAUUGUUUCAUGGGCUGCUUUAGAAAGUCUAGGUUUAGGUGUUCACAUUCAGCAUUACAAUAACCAAAUUAAAGAAGCUUUACCAGAUACUAUUCCAGCUAAAUGGACUGUAGUGGCUCAAUUAUGUUUUGGUACUGGUAUUGAAGCCCCACCAACUAAGGAAUACAAUGAUAAUCCAAUUGAAAUUUUUAACUAA